UAUUGACGGCAAGGAAUUUAUCGCAACUGUCCGUCAAUGGAGUGGUACUCAUGAAUGGACAGACAGUCAGUCAACAGACCGUUGCAUCCAUUUCCUCGUAUAUACAACAACACGAUUUGUUUCAACCGAUGUUUACAGUCAGAGAACAUCUCAUGUUUCAUUUUAAUUUAACGAAAUGUGCGGAAACACGGAUUGGAGACAACAAACAAUUGAAAGGCAUUUCCGGCGGAGAAAUCAAAAGACUGUCCUUUGCUUCAGAGGUUCUCACAAACCCUUCGCUAAUGUUUUGGUCAGAAAUACACGACUUUUUGUAAUAGUCUUUAAAACUA